AGUCAGCAGGGAGGUUAUAAAAGCUCCUCCUGCUCCCUCUUUCGCCACCUUCCUUCCAACGCACUCACCAUCAGGCGAUCCCCUCCCCCCCUCGACCGUCCUCUGCGGCUGUUUGAAGCAGUAGGUCAAGCAAACGACGCUAACACUGGAGCUGUAAAAUUAACAACGGGGGCUCCCGUUUAAAAAGCGCCGCAGCAAAGCUGACCAGCCAGCGCAGUGUGUGUGAUCACUUGCGACUCUCUGUUUCAGAGUGAGGGCAAAUUGAUAUAUCCCCGAAAACACACUGCCAGCCGCAGCACAUCUACCAAAACAAAUCAUCCCAAAUCGAAGCAAAAAUGGUGCAAAAUAAGAUCACCGAGGUCACUGGAUUCCACCGCUCCUUCAAGGGCAAAAAUCCCUUUGAAUCUGAUGACUUCACUAAAAAUGGAUCCCAUCUUCUUGAUUCGUCAUUUAAUUUUGAUUCCUCCCCAAGAUAUGACAUGCCUUCCAGCCAGCCUAUCGACAUCCCCGAUGCCAAGAAGAGAAACAAGAAGAAAAAGCGUUGCCGGGCAACUGACAGUUUCUCUGGACGAUUCGAGGAUGUCUACAGACUACACGAAGAGGUACUAGGAGAGGGCGCUUAUGCCAGGGUGCAAACAUGCUUCAACCUCAUCACCAACAAAGAGUAUGCUGUUAAAAUCAUUGAGAAAAGACCGGGUCACAGCCGCAGCCGUGUCUUCCGUGAGGUUGAGAUGCUCUAUCAGUGCCAGGGCCACAGUAACAUCCUGGAGCUGGUGGAGUUCUUUGAAGAGGAAGACAAAUUCUACCUGGUGUUUGAGAAGCUUAGAGGAGGGUCGAUCUUGGCACACAUUCACAAGAGACGUUACUUCAGUGAGCAGCAAGCCAGUGUUGUCGUGCAGGACAUCGCCAGCGCUCUAGAUUUCCUGCAUAACAAGGGAAUGGCCCAUAGAGACCUGAAACCCGAAAACAUCCUCUGUAAGAGUGCAGAUAAGAUUUCCCCAGUCAAGAUCUGUGACUUUGACUUGGGCAGUGGGAUAAAGCUGAACAGCGACAGCUCACCCAUCUCCACCCCUGAGCUCCUCACUCCGUGUGGCUCAGCAGAGUACAUGGCACCUGAGGUGGUUGAGGCCUUCAGUGAGGAGGCCACAAUUUACGACAAGCGCUGUGACCUGUGGAGCCUUGGAGUCAUCCUCUACAUCAUGCUGAGCGGCUACCCACCUUUUGUAGGCCGUUGUGGCGGUGACUGUGGCUGGGAAUUAGGGGAACCCUGCCACACCUGCCAGAACACUCUGUUUGAGAGUAUCCAGGAAGGAAAAUACGAGUUUCCAGCGAAAGACUGGGCUCACAUCUCCUCAAGUGCCAAAGACCUAAUAUCCAAACUUCUGGUUCGGGACGCCAAAAACCGCCUGAGUGCCAGCCAGGUGCUACACCACCCCUGGGUGCAGGGGGGUAUAUCUGACACUUUACCAACAUCCAUCCUGCAUCAAAGAACCAGCAAAGCCAGGGAUCUGACAUUCUUUGCUGACAAGGCCAUGGCUGUGAACCGGCAGCUGGCUGAACAGGAUGGCAUGGAAGACCAGCAGCAGCAGGAAGUCCCGUUUGUUGUUACCGCUACUGGCUCUUCUAUGCGCCUCUCUCCUCCUUCCAACUCCAAGCUGGCCAAACGCAGGCAGCAAAACAGCCAGCUGAAGGGAGGGCCCGUCUCUGCUGCAGAGCUUCGUCAGCUCCUGGCCCCUCUCGUUAUUAUGGGAGACUGUGCCUGAACUCUGUCAACCGUGACCUCCGACCUUCCGUUAAGAUUAAAGUCCAGAUCCAAGACUACCCUAAGACUCUCUUUCUCCCCAAUUCUGGCCCCUCUCUCUAACUCUAGCCGGCCUUGGUUUCUCUGCCAUUCAGGCUUUCUUGCCUCGCUGUAAAGGGAGAUGCUGCUUGCAGCCCUUCCUCUAAAUGCCUUCUGCCCUUCUGCAGCACUUCUGAAGCACAUCAGCCCAGGGCCUGCAUAUAGCAAACACACACACACACGUGCAUGUCAAGGUUAGGGAGGAGGGCCAGUUAAUGAUCUGGGAGAGAGAAGUAUUUUCUAAGUUAUGUUCUUCUUUUUUUUCUUUUCUUCAUAUAACUCAGUUCAGAAGAAAGCAGAACAUUUAUCUUCGAAACUAAGCUCAGACACCAAAGGACAACCUGUUGUGCUGCUCCCACGUUACAACUGGAUCCACUGUGAAUUAAGUUAUCUGGAAUGUUCUCUUUGCCUGUAUGUAUAUGCAUGAAUGGCCCAUCUGCAGAUACGUACAAGCUUAUGCAAUAUGCCAAGAUGAAGGCUGUUCCUGUCUCGAAGGGAUUCAGUAUAAGGGGUUGGGAGGGCUGUAAGCCAAUGCUGUCCGUGCCUGGUGCGGUCCAUUAAUAUGGCUGGGGACUUCAAAGAUUAUAUAUUUUUUUUCAGUCUCCAUUUAAGAUAAAUUCCUCAACACUGAGCCUCCUCUGUAAAUGUCUGAGAUAAAGCGCACUUGUCUAGCUUGGUGGCCAUGCACUUAAUGCUCCUAUAGAGCAAGGAAUGUUUGUCUGUACCCAGCCAGCCAUGAUUUACUGCUUAUCACAUGAACAUAUAUGCCAAAUUAUCAGUGGCCACAUCUUUCAGUGUUUGAGAGAUUGAGACUAUUUCACCUGCGUUAUGAUGCAUGGCCUCCCCAAAAUUCGACUUCUGAUCUAGCUCUGAAGUAGAUCUGGUAUGUUGGUACAAGCUAAUUGUUAAAUGGCUAGGCAAGUGAAACUGGGUCAGUGUUACUUUCAUUGUAAAGACUUCUUGACAUGUCCCCAUUGCCACAACCAGAACUUGUAUUUUUUUUUUUUGUUGUAAUAUUUGUUUCUAUAAAUCAACUAAAGCAUUAGAUUUAACCUUGAAUAUUUUGGCAGUAAAGGUUAGAACUCCUUUCAGGAGAUUGAAAAGCACAUUUUGGCCAAUGUGACCAUUUCUUGAUCAAAUACAUUCAUUUGGACUAUUUUUUUCCCCCCCAAAGGUUCACCAUUGUCUUGUUUUUUUUUUUUUAUGAGACGCCCCUCUCAAAAUAAUGACAUUGCAAAUUCUCAUGACAAAACAAGAGGCAAAUGAGAUCUUUCAAAAAAGAAACCUAAAAAAAAAAAAAGGAAAAACAUUCCACAAAAAGAAAAACAACAAAAAAAAGUCUUCCACAGAUGCGUAGCUGUAUUAAGUUUACUUUAUUUUUCAUGUUUGAAAACUCCAUGUCAUUGUGCCACACUGAUUUAUUUUUUUUUUCUUCUUUUUUUUUGUAUGGCUGUUAAUAAGCUUUUAUUUUCUAUAUGGUGAUUUCCAUGCAGGUGCUGUUCAGUUCAGGUGAAACACCGGAUGUUUUUCCUUGUUUCGUGUUUUUAAAAGUUCAGAGUAUGUGGUGUAUGAGGUGAGAUGGAAAGAGUUUGUUUAGUUAAUCUGGAGCAUUCAUGCCCAGCGAAGGCGAGUUUUUAAGUUUUAUUUCUUUAUGUGUAAGAGUUGGCAAUAAUCUUCUUUUUUUUUUUUUUUUUUGGUUUAUUCAGAUUAAGUUAAAGCUCAUUCUGAAACUGACAGGUAAUGGACUGGUGAUGAGGUCUCGCAACACUGUAGCCAUUUCACCAAAGAGGGUUCAAGUCAUGACGUUGAACAUGUGAUCAUCACCUAGCAGUGAGAAGUGGGGGACUUCUGAUUGUCCAUGUCCUGUAGCCAGCACUGCAGCGACGGUACUCUGGAAAUGGCUCUCUUGGUGUCAUUAUGCUGAUAAUAGGACACUGUAAUAGUUCUAAAAUACCUUUCUACAGAUGAAUCGUUAUGGGGUUUUAUGUCUUAUAAUAAGACUUACUUGAAUUUGUGUAUGCAGCUGUUUCUUCUCCAUUUGGGAAACUACUUUGCUAUCGGUAAUCUCAAAGCAUUAAGCUGAUGAUCAAGGCAAUCUUGGGGUUUUGAAAAUACCUAUACAGUUCAGUAUUCUGCCUUUUUCUCCCUUUUGAACAUCAGAUGAGUUGGUCCCUACUUUUUUGAUAGGGUUGGCUACUCAAACGCACAGAUUUUGGCCAUACUCUAAUAUCCUGAAUGGUAUAAUAAGAGUUUUCUUGGUCAUGACCAUUUCUACUUUUCUCAAAUGGCAGUAGCUUUUUGGACUGCCUUUUAUUGGGAGGGGACAAAAUUAAUAUCCUUAAGCCUCGCAAUUUUUAUAUUGUAAGUCAUUUUUGAAGUAAGGACGUGUUGAAAUCCAGUCAUUCAUUCAGAUGAACAGUCCCAUCAUCAACCUCCCCACAAUUUGAAUGUAGCCCACAGGCAAAAGCAUUUACAAUCCAGCAACAUUGAUCAAAUGUUUUAUAAAUGGUUCAUUUCAUGGACAUGGUGUGGGGUUAUUCUGUCUACGUUGAUUCAGUCCUCAAUUUGUUUUCUUUUUGAGAGUUGACACCUGAUUUUAACACUGUCUGAAUCACCCCAAGCCCAUCGUGUUCAUGGGAAGAAAUUUAAAACAAAUACAUCCUUUGAAAUACAAAAAAAAUAUUUUGAUUUAAAAUAAGCACUUUACUGUACCAUGUGAAUGAUUGCAGUUCACUCAAGGCAACAUUUAUGACAGUUGCUACAGAAUUUUGUAUUGUUUUUCUAAAAAAAAUAAAAAAAACGCAAUAAAAUGCUUUGAACUACA